GUGGCAGAACAAAAACAUGUCUGAUUUUACUACCAUGCGACAGUGUGGCAUGGCAUUGGCACAUAAAAUUCAACAAAGAACAACAAUGCCAUCCCGUGAAAGCAGCCACCCAACAUGUUCCCCCCUUACAUCGGUCAAGUCAAACUGAUUACGCCCACAUCGUUGGGUCUUUCUCUCAUUCUUUUCUAACGCGAAUUCACUUUUCUUCUCACAUCAAUUAUCUUGCACUUUCGCAUCGUCGCCAUGUCCUUCUUCAGACACCUCUCCAACUUUUCCGCUACCAAAGCCAAAAACACACACUCUUUUAUUUCUUCUCUAUCUCGCUUCAGCACCGCCUCCGGUUCCGCCGGUCCGGUUGGCUAUGCGGGUCUGGGACCCACCAAGGCCCAUGAGAAGCCCCGCGUGGUGGUGCUGGGCUCUGGUUGGGCCGGGUGCCGCCUCAUGAAGGGGUUGGAUCCUGAAAUAUACGACAUCGUUUGUGUGUCCCCUCGCAAUCACAUGGUCUUCACUCCUCUCUUGGCUUCCACCUGUGUUGGAACUCUCGAAUUCAGAUCCGUUGCUGAACCCAUUGCCAGGAUCCAACCCGCUAUUUCCAGAGAACCCGGUUCUUUUUUUUUCCUUGCCAAUUGUACUGGUAUUGAUGCCCAUAACCAUGUGGUGCAAUGUGAGACUGUAACUGAAGGAACACAGACACUAGAUCCUUGGAAGUUUUCAAUCUCAUAUGAUAAGUUGGUAAUUGCAUUAGGAGCACAGCCCACCACUUUUGGAAUUCACGGAGUCAAUGAGCAUGCAAUUUUUCUUCGUGAAGUUCACCAUGCACAGGAAAUUCGUCGGAAGUUGCUUCUGAACUUGAUGCUUUCUGAUGUUCCAGGGAUUGCGGAAGAGGAGAAACAAAGGCUGUUACACUGUGUGGUUGUGGGAGGUGGUCCAACUGGAGUUGAAUUUAGUGGUGAGCUUAGUGAUUUUAUCAUGAGAGAUGUCCGUCAACGAUAUGCUCAUGUGAAAGACUACAUCCAUGUUACGUUAAUUGAGGCCAAUGAGAUAUUGUCUUCCUUUGAUGUUCGACUCAGGCAUUAUGCCACCAACCAAUUGACAAAGUCAGGAGUCCGACUUGUCCGUGGCAUUGUAAAAGAUGUUGGAGAUCAGAAGAUUAUCCUUAAUGAUGGUACUGAGGUUCCAUAUGGGUUGCUGGUAUGGUCUACUGGAGUUGGUCCAUCACCUAUUAUUCACUCUUUGGAUCUCCCUAAAUCUCCUGGUGGAAGGAUAGGGAUUGAUGAUUGGCUUCGUGUUCCUUCAGUAGAGGAUAUCUUCUCAAUAGGUGACUGCAGUGGAUUUGUUGAAAGUACUGGAAAACCAGCACUUCCAGCUUUAGCCCAAGUGGCAGAGAGGCAAGGUAAAUAUUUGGCAAGCUUACUAAACAAAAUAGGUAAAGCCAAUGGUGGCCGUGCAAACUGCGCCAAAGAUAUAGACUUUGGGAAUCCGUUUGUUUACAAGCACCUUGGAAGCAUGGCAACUAUUGGCAGUUACAAGGCUCUAGUGGACCUCAGACAGAACAAGGAGGCGAAAGGGUUAUCCUUGGCAGGUUUUAUCAGUUGGUUUAUUUGGCGCUCAGCAUAUCUAACUCGUGUCAUCAGCUGGAGGAACAGAUUUUAUGUAGCUAUCAAUUGGGCCACAACUUUUGUGUUUGGCCGUGAUAUAAGCAGAAUAUGAAAACUUUCAAGGUUAUUAUUAAAACAAUAAGAAGACGAUGAAAUGUAUUUAACUGAAUCAUUUUGGAGCAAUAAAUUUCGAAAGCCAAAUAAUUCUCAGGAGAUGAAUUUCAGUAAGCUGAACAGCAAGGAGCUGUCCUAGUUAUACUUGUUACAAAAAAAAGAGGUUACUCGGGAGUUGGCUUGAGCCUUGAAGGGGAAGGAAAAAAAUUAGGCUGUCUUAGGCCCCUUAUUGGUUUAUUGAGCACCAAUAAACCAAUUUUCUUGUUUAUAUACUAUUCCCCAACUGUAUGAUCACAAUUCACAAUAAUAAUAUGUUGACAGCAGAUUCUUUGGGUGGAUAAGUUUUGCAACUGUGAACUAGUGCGAGUCCCUCUCUAUGCAACUGCCGCUGACAAGAAUGAAAAUCAAUCAAUUUUACACCCAACAAAAAACUUUUUAUAAAAUGGGAUUUUACGAAAUCACCACUACUUAACUGAAUAGCAAGCUUGUAACGCUCAAAUUAUAUCAAAGUGAUUUGAAGAAGGAGCAUUGCAAUUUAGUACGACAAAUUUUAGCAUUAGAAUUUAUAUAAAUACACGUGAAUGAGUUUUAUUGGUUAAAUGAGUUAAAUAAGGAAAAACGUGAUGGAAAUCUCAAGUAACUGUUUCAAUGUUUCGACAACUUAUUUUAUGUUAAAGGAGUCAUUAUUAUCACUUACACAAACGAUCUUUACUUGAGCUUAAUCUCUUUUAUAUAUUGUUUCAUUUCCUAAAAUCUUGUCUUGACACGCAUGUACUUACUCACCCUUGCUUUUUCAUGCUUGACUUUGUAAUCGUAUCUAGUCAUAGUUUUAUCCAUACAUUUCUACAACACGCCUUGUCUACGGGUCUUAUACUUUGAAUAGCAAUGUAGCCGAAAUUGCCUUUUCCUACCAUUCAAAUUUUCACGUAGUAGAUGUAGUUACUUGAGCAGAUAAUAAAAAGAUAUCACAAUGGACAAAAUUUUAUAAGAUGUAAACUCUGCA